AUGUCGGAAAGGCGAGGAACGACAGCAUCGGCGUUGAUGAUUCUGUUCAUCCUUGCUUUCGUGUCGCUAGGCGAGAGUUACCAGGAGAAACCAUGGAACAAAGCGUCAAUAUCUACAUCCUCCAAAUUGCGGAGGAAGAAUCUUUUGGUGGUUGGUGGUGAUGACAAGGAGAAUGAGAGCACAGGAUUAAAGUGUAACAUAUCUGAUAUUUCCAUAACCCAGAACCAGUUACCAUCAGCCCCCGGAGCGACGGCGAAGACAUUCUUGGUGAUAAUCACCGCCAAAUGUCCCGACGGGUGUAGCAUUUCCGGCAUUCAUCUGGGCAUCAACAACUUUAUUUCUAACAUUCCCUUUGACCCCCAUGUCCUUAAAUCACUAGGUAACAACGACUGGCUCGUCAAUGAUGGGAAGCCAGUAGAUCGCGUCAGUUUUGAGUAUGCUUUCGAUUCUUCUUACCGGUUUCACAUCUCUGCUUUCAGAAGUUCAUCCCGCUGGGCGCUUAACAUCUAA